CAGUUAUUGUUAUUUGUUUAAACAUCUUUUUUUUUUUUUUUUUUUUUUUUUAACAUUUCUUAGGACUGAGACAAAAUAGCUAUAAUAAAUCUUAGCCAAAUGAGGAAGAUGUGAACAGAAUGCUCUAUCAUGUUCUAGCCAAAUGAUGGCAACAAAACACCCACCCUUUAACUUGCAUUUUAAAACAACUAUUUAAUCACCAUAAAUUUAGAUAAAUCCAGAAGUAACUACUAACCAGGAAGUGUAUGUUUAGUCUUCCAGGUGUUACAGGUAAAAAUUACAGAACCAAAUCAGACUAAUAUUAGUGAUCAACCUCAACCAAAAAUCUGUAGACACAUCGCUUCUUAUAUAGGCAUGUUUAAUAAUUGUGUUGGGUAAAAAUAAAAUGAAUAGCGAGAGAGGGGACUAUCAGACCUUAAGAUAGUGUGAUAUGUUUGAAACAGGCAUGAUAGAGGUGGGUAGGACAGGGCUCUGAUCCCCUGUUCAGAAGAAUAAAGACUUGAUUAUAUUGAGCAGGUGUAGGGCUUAUAUUACACUCGAUUGGAGGGUAGGCAGCACUAUCAGGUGGAACCUGUGAAAGUUAAACAGGAGGGCUGCUGCAAGAAAAAGAACACAGACACACGGAACUCAGAAGUGCUCUAAUAUAACCACUGUAUACGUAUAGGCCUGUGCAGAAUGAGAGAUGGCGCAGGACAGCGUGUAAGGGACUAACAAUACAGGAGGAUGCAGUAUCUGAUCUAAGCAGGGAGCUUGCAGACCUGAAGAGAGAGAAAAAAAAAAACUUUGCUGGUAUCAGAAGUGCCUUCAAAAAAGAAGAUUCCUCAAGAUAUGCACUGAAGGCUGGAGAAAGAAAGAAAAACAUUACCGGAGUCUUUUACUAGAUACCAGUCUCAAACCAUUCGUUACUUUCACACAAGAGUCUCCCGGAGGAUGACUAGAUGAAGAGACGUGAGCAGUGUGGAUUGCUAUGGAACCAAUCCCCAACUGUAGUGACGUGUGUGGCUCCACAGACUGCAGCUUCAACCCAGGAAUUAACACAGAGGAAGGCUGGAAAGUGCUGCAGAAACUCUGCAAAAUUGCCAUUAAGAGCUCAGUGAAUGAGCCCCGGAUAUCCUCUGCUCUCUGCUCUGUGAUUUGGGUAUUGCUGUCCUGUGGGAUACUGCUGGCAAUAUUCUUCUUAGCCUUCACUCUCAGAUUCAAAAGCAACAGGAUUGUGAAAAUGUCCAGCCCCAACCUCAAUGUGGUAACCUUGUUUGGAAGUGUUCUCACUUACAGCAGUGGCCUUAUGUUUGGGAUCGAAGCGAGCACAUUAAUGUCAGGAACAGCCAGGAGGACACUAUUACAGGCACAGAUCUGGACUUUGUGCAUUGGAACCUCGCUUGUGUUUGGACCAAUCUUAGGAAAAACAUGGCGGCUUUACAAGGUGUUUACCCAGCGCAUGCCAGACAGGAGGGUGAUUAUUAAAGAUAUCCAAUUGAUGGGAUUGGUUGCUGGUUUAAUUCUGGUAGAUGUAGUUUUUCUGACAACCUGGGGCCUAACUGACCCAGUUCAGUGUAUGAAAUCUAUCAGCGCAGCAGUAAGGGUGUCUAGCAGGGACGUUUCUUACGCUGUGUCAGAUCUGGAGACCUGUUCUUCCACGUACACUGAUGUGUGGAUUAUUCUUAUCUCUGUCCUCAAGGGGAGCCUUCUGCUGUACGGGUCAUACUUGGCUGGGCUGACCAGUAAUGUUAGCUCUCCUCCUGUAAACCAGUCUUUCACCAUCAUGGCUGGGGUCUACCUCAUCACCCUGUCAGCUGGAGUUACCAUUCCUGUCACUCGCUUCUUCUACACCUGGCCCAACCUGGUGUACAGCUUUAUCUCCGGGGCAAUCUUUAUCUGCACCCUGACAAUCAACUGUCUGGUAUUUAUACCUCAGCUGACCCAGUGGAAGCAGUUUGCAGAUGAACUGAAUCAAAGUCCAAGACAGAUGGCAAAGUAUUUCAGCAGCCCCAGCAAAAGCAUCCGUUCCAUGUACAGCGAGGAGGAGAUUUACUGCUUGCUCGGAGAGAACAGCUCCAUGAAGAGGCUACUAACAGAGAAAAAUACGGUGAUAGAAAGCUUACAAGAACAAGUGAACAAUGCCAAGGACAAGCUUAUGAAGCUGAUGCUGGUGCACUGUGGUGAGGAUCACACAGAACUGAAUUCCACUACCAAGUCAAGCUUAGCAUUCACUCAGAUCACAGAGGUCAGACUUGAAGACCAUAGCCAGGGAAUGGAAGAACUGGAAAUUAUUAAAGAACCGUGUUCUUCAGACACACCUAGCAAUCAAGAAAGCAAACCUGCUCCACAGAAGGAUCUAGUUUUUCCUUCAGUAUUGGAGUAUAACAGAGACCGUUGUUCAAGUCAUGACUUGGGAUCGGUCAAUGUGAGGCAACGUUGUGACUCCCUCAGUCAUAUAGAUACCGAGCUGCACCAAUUAGGUUCUGAACCUGUUUCCAAUCCUCAUCAGAACAUCAACCUUCAGAACAAUAAAACAGAGAAAGACUUGCUGUUGACAUCCUCAGAUUCAGGCUUGGCUCUGCUUAUGUCACCCAAAACUGUGGCACCUGAGAGUUCUGAUUCAACCAAGGAUCAGUCAAUGGCAAAUAAGCACAACUAUGUAAGCAGUGAAAAACUACAAGAGAUCUUGCAGGAUCUCAGUAUAGAUGCGGUCAGCUCUUUAAGGUCGUCGGCCAGGACAAGAAAAGAUGCAAAUAUGCAAGAAGAUGACCCAUCAAGGAUGCAAAAGGAAUUCCAAUUUUACUGCCAAAGUAUUUCACCAUACCUAAUGAGGAAAAGAAGACCUCCGUUCAAUCCAGGGAGGGGGGGCCCUCCUCUAUAUUGUUUCCCUGGGUAUUUCCCGCCACACGCGAGAUAUGUGGCAAGCAAUGAACUUGUAGAAAAACAUAAUAAUACGAACAUAAGGACUAAACCCAACAGUGAUGAUUUGCUUCCUCCAAAUACAGCUUCAAAGAACGUGGAUCAGCUCCCAACCACAAGCGUAGAUGAACCCUCUUCUUAUGGUUCACAAUUGGCAUUACUGAGGAGGGCUAAGUGUGGUAAUAGGUGUGACUGCCCUGGGGGCUACUCUGACUCUCCCAAGGAGUCAGAACAAGCUUGUAUAUGUAGUAUUAAACCUUUCUCAGGGUUUAACUCCAAAGGUUUACCAUUUAGAGAAACAGAAAUAGAAGACCUGGAGCAGUCUCUCUAUGAUUAUUCAGACUCAGACUCAAGUAGCUCUAAGGAGGAUUUGUGUUACUACCACAAGCCUUACUGUGACACUUAUUUUCAGGGGCCGUAUGAAUCCACUGAGAGUAAUACCUCCGAUACAUCAGACAGUGAACAAGGUGGAUCUCCGACUCACUGGGUUAAGGCCUACAAUAAGGCCCAUCCUGUUGUGAACUUUAAAGAGGACUUGAAACCAACUUUUGUAUAGACAUAUUUCCUAAAUGGCUUCUUCUGUGAUAGACAGCUUGACAACAAAAUCAAUAUUUAAAAAGAUACUUAUCAAAAUUUUUGCUUUGUUGCUGCAUAAGGUGUGAUACACCAAACACAGAAAAAUCAUAGGACUGGGGGUUACAACACUGGACUAUAAUACUAGAUAGUGAAGACAUGCAAUUGAAAUACCUUUUCAAAUGGUUCCUCACUUCACAUAUCCUGUGCCAGCCUGCAUUAUGGAAUCUGUCAGACAUGGGAGAAUGUACACUUGGACAAAUGGACAAAUACACUUGUCCAUUCUAUUAUAAACUACUGUAUAAAUCCAUGACAGGGACGGCAAUGUUUACUCACUAAGCAGCUUGCUGUGUGAAAUUUGUAGAUACAGUGCAUUUUAUUAGUGCAUUUAAUAAUGGUGUUCUUUAGGAUCAAGUCCCUUCUUGUUGUACAUCAUCAUUGUUUCAAGACGUUUUUUGUUCUUAUCAUAAAGCCUUUUGUUAGAGAGCUGCAGCUACAGUGUGUGCCUCCGUUGAACUUGACUUUGUGACUGAAUCACAGUAGUUUAAUGAAAAACUGUUCUGCUUUAUUAAAGUGAAUGGAAACAAUAGUCCACUUGUCUAUAAUGUCACCAUAUCUACUGUACACCCCUCAGUCUUGCUGUGUUGUGCAAGGUGGUUUUAUCUACUGUACUUUGUCCAACCCACUCAGGAAGUUGAUAAAAGACCACAUUGACCCAUAAAAUAUCACCUACCCAUAACCCUAUACACAUGUCCUACUAGUAAAUGAAUGCAAUGGUAUUAUUAAUAAACAAAGUCAGUUUAGCUGGAUUGCAUUUACAAGAACGAACUAACAUGAUUGAUUACUGUGCAUUGGAUUGUAUUGUUCAGUUGUAAGUUCCCAGAGUGAUUCAUUAUCUUCAGACCCUUAUUUAUGUAAAAGCAGAGAAGAAUAGAG